UCAGCAUUUUUGCUACUCUUCUACAGAGCUUCUUCACCACCACAAACUCCAUAGGCAAGAGCUUGGGGGUCUAUCUGUUUCACUGGAGGAUUGGGAACGACAGUAGGGUUAACGUGCCUACCAUCACCAUGGCCUAUUGGCUCCAAGCUGCAUCUCUGCUGGUGCUGCUGGCGCUCUCCCCCGGGGCAGACGCUGCAGCUGCCCAGCACCUGUGUGGCUCUCACCUGGUGGACGCCCUCUAUCUGGUGUGUGGAGAGAAAGGAUUCUUUUACAACCCAAAGAGAGAUGUGGAUCCCCUUAUAGGGUUCCUCUCUCCAAAAUCAGCAAAGGAGAAUGAAGAGUACCCCUUCAAAGACCAGAUGGAGAUGAUGGUAAAGAGAGGUAUUGUAGAGCAGUGCUGUCACAAGCCCUGCAACAUCUUCGACCUGCAAAACUACUGCAACUGAGACCUGUCGGACCACUUAGCCUGCGUUCACCCACUGCCACGCUCAAAUUCUCAGAGACAGCAUCCUCCUUCAAAGAUUUGCAAACAUGGAGUGCAAACAAGAAAAGGUCUAGACGUGUUUUAUUUUUCCCCAGAAAAUAAAGUUAUAUGAAAUUA